AGCGAGAUUGACACAAUUGGCACAACGCGAGUGUAGCCCUGGGGAUUCCGCUGGAGGAACGAGUCAGCGUAGUAGGGUGUUAUUCGGGUGCAUCGUAAAGCAAAGAUAUCAAAAAUGAAAGUGGCCUCGUGAUAUCACCCGUAAAAAAAAGAAGCUCGGUACACUUAUCGUGUUCCUUUACGCGACUCGAAUAUCAGGCGCGACGCGCUACAUCGACAUGGAACAUCAUGCUAUUGUUUUAACGCUACCGUGAGAAUACGAACGCCCGAACUGAGCGAUCAAAUUUUUGUUUAUCGCGUAGAUAUCAAUAGGCAUCAGGUAGCUGGAAAGCUACCCAAAAUACUGCAGGAACACCAUCGAAUUCCUCGAUCGUACGUCGUUAAUCAUCGUAAUCAUCAUACACACAGCUGAUAUGUUCUGAAUACACAGAUCAGAGAAGAUCAGGGGGCCUGGUACGGGCACGUUCCAGAGACGUGGUGGUCGGUGAAUGGUGUUGCAGAUAGAUUCGGUGUGGGGUUGGGCGUCACCCCCGCUGCGCCUCCAGCUAGGGGGGUCUAGGGGCGCCUCGGGGAGAGCGACCGCGGGCGCCCCGUCCUCGCAGAGGAUGGGUGAAAUGGUCGUGGAACGCGCGCCUUCCCCAGCCUGCCUCAGUCACACCUCGGAAAAGCACCCACGUGCCACGCUCACGGAGCUCAACGUUCUACGUCGUCACCGAGAACUGUGCGACGUCGUCCUCAAUGUUGGCUCGAGAAAGAUCUUCGCACACCGCGUUAUACUGUCGGCGUGCAGUCCUUACUUUAGAGCGAUGUUUACUGGGGAGCUGGCGGAAUCUCGACAAACUGAAGUGACGAUACGCGACAUAGACGAGAUGGCGAUGGAACUGUUAAUAGACUUCUGUUACACGUCUCACAUAAUCGUCGAGGAAGCGAACGUUCAGACCCUCCUUCCAGCAGCGUGCCUUCUCCAACUAGCAGAGAUACAAGAUAUAUGCUGUGAGUUUCUUAAGCGGCAGCUAGACCCAUCCAAUUGUCUAGGUAUACGAGCGUUCGCGGACACCCACUCUUGCCGCGAACUAUUACGGAUCGCAGACAAAUUCACGCAGCAUAACUUUCAAGAAGUAAUGGAGAGCGAAGAAUUUCUUUUGUUACCUGUUAGCCAAUUAGUAGAUAUUAUUUCAUCGGACGAGCUGAACGUUCGGACGGAGGAGCAAGUAUUUAGUGCCGUUAUGAAUUGGGUGAAGUACAACGUGACCGAGAGAAGGCAGCAUUUGGCGCAAGUUCUUCAGCACGUACGACUUCCUCUCCUUAGUCCGAAAUUUUUAGUCGGAACCGUGGGCUCUGACCUUUUGGUUCGAUCCGACGACGCGUGUAGAGACCUAGUGGAUGAAGCAAAGAAUUACUUGUUGCUCCCGCAAGAGAGACCGUUGAUGCAGGGACCUAGAACGCGGCCUAGGAAACCGACCAGACGCGGCGAAGUUCUGUUCGCCGUCGGAGGCUGGUGUUCCGGUGACGCGAUCGCGAGCGUCGAAAGAUUCGACCCUAACACCGCGGAUUGGAAGAUGGUCGCGCCGAUGAGUAAACGAAGAUGCGGCGUUGGAGUAGCUGUGUUGAACGACUUGUUGUACGCGGUCGGUGGCCACGAUGGACAAAGCUAUUUGAACAGCAUCGAACGGUACGAUCCGCAAACGAAUCAAUGGUCCUGCGACGUCGCACCUACCACGUCGUGUAGAACUAGCGUAGGAGUUGCUGUGUUGGACGGUUUCCUUUACGCGGUAGGUGGUCAGGAUGGCGUCCAAUGUUUAAACCACGUUGAAAGGUACGAUCCUAAAGAAAAUAAAUGGUCCAAGGUAUCACCAAUGACCACUAGAAGGCUUGGGGUAGCUGUCGCUGUGCUAGGUGGUUAUUUGUACGCCAUCGGUGGUUCCGAUGGGCAGUCGCCUUUAAACACAGUAGAAAGAUACGAUCCAAGGCAGAAUAAAUGGUCUCAAGUAUCGCCUAUGUCUACGAGACGUAAGCAUCUAGGCUGUGCCGUCUUUAAUAAUCUAAUUUAUGCUGUUGGAGGACGAGAUGAUUGCAUGGAACUUUCGAGCGCGGAACGUUACAACCCUCACACGAAUUCUUGGAGUCCGAUAGUUGCUAUGACCUCAAGAAGAAGCGGAGUGGGUUUAGCGGUAGUGAAUGGUUUGUUGUAUGCAGUGGGUGGAUUCGACGGGACUGCCUAUUUAAAAACAAUCGAAGUGUACGAUUCGGAACAAAAUCAAUGGAAAUUGUGUGGUUGUAUGAAUUAUAGAAGACUCGGUGGAGGUGUGGGAGUAAUGCGUGCUCCGCAAACUGAGAACUACAUUUGGUAGCUCAGGCCCCCCUCUUCAGCCCAAUCGGCUGAAACUCCCUUAACUCCUCUUACACCGAUCACUGCCGUAACGCCUGUAACUCCCCCGGCUCCUCUAUCGGUUCCUGUUGUUAUAAGUAAUACUAGAAAACGCUACCGCCGAUCGAUGAGCAUCAUAUAAGUAACACUUUACAAGACUUUGCCUUUCUAAAGAUGAAGUCACUUUUAUCCUCAACUAUCCUCCGUACUAUGUUCUUUCAUCAGCUUUAUUUCAGCUAAUCCACUCGAAAUCGCGAUCGUUCUUAGUUUAAUAUGAAAUAAUUGAAGAGUUCUGGUGUUUCUCUCGGACUCGCGAUUUAUACGGAAUGAGUUCUGUUGGUUGCUAAUAUGUUAACGCUCUCGGACUCUGCACUCUUCGAUUACUUCAUGCGAUAUAGGGAUGUAUAUUUUCCUGCUGGUUAAGAAAACUUAUUCUUUGAUCAUGUUUAUAUUGCCGCCGUCCUCUGGCGUUUCUUAUAUAAGACUUUGUAAAAUAUUCCUCUUAUGUUAUUUAUACAUUCUGUUAUGCAUUACGAAAUACUGAUUCCAGUCGUUUUAGACUUAAAUAUUGUAUUAUUGUAAUUUGUUUUUUUUUUAAUUAGUAUAAUUGUGUACGCUGUGAAUAUUUAGGACACAGAGAGAAAGGCAAAAUCUCUUUAAUACAUAUUCUCGAACACUUCGCAAUACUCAAUGCCUUAGGGACGCUACCGGGUCCCUUUGAUUCAGUUUCCAGUGAAACGCUCGCAGCUUCCGCGUUUUCACUGAUUCCAAUGAAAACCAAGAGAAAUUUUUCAAAUCCGCAUUGAAAAGACAAACUUCGUUAUGGAGGGCUGUUGCUGUGCACCCACUGAUUAAAAAAAAAGGAAACAAAAAUAAAGAUUUGAAUCAAACAAAUUGUUUGUCUCGAUAGUAUACUUUCUACAUGUAUCGCAUUUCUUAUGAAUAAGACUGAACCAAAACCAAAAGGAAACUUGUAAAGUAAAUAAACUAAACGAAACGUUUCACAUUUUUGUUUUUACGAAACAAUAUAUAAAGAAGAUGAUUUCUCACUGAACAUGCACACGCUUCUUCUUCGUUCUUUCAAUCUUUGCAAAGCGCAAAGAAAUAAAGGCACAAAUCUACGCCUGGUUCGAAGUGAAAGAGGAGGUAGUCUUAUUGUACAAAAUGGUAAUAGGGAUCACCAUCCAACAAUUUCAUAAUGUGACGUUUGUGAUAAUAAUUAAUAAGAGUUAGUAAAUUUGAUUGAUUACGAGCAAUAUUUUAUGGAGGCAAUGAGCGGGAAGUGAAAGGGAAAAGAGCUGAGAUGGAAAGUUUACGAAUCGCUAGUUCUGUUACAUUUAUGAGAUUGUUGAAAAUAUAAAGAAUACACGUGUCUAAAUAUAAGAAUAUACUGUCUACAUGUUGUAACUAAUAUCUACGUAACUGGUUACAAGAUAUCACUGUUAGACAUUGUACAGACUCCUAACGUGAAAACGAUUAAAUUAUGAAUUAGAGACUCGAAGUGGUACAAAUUCUAGUAAUCACUAAACAAUUAAAGUUCAAAUAAGUGUUCAAUAUCAGAUUUAAUUUGCAGAUAACUAAAAGCCACAUAGCUGGAACACGUAAUUUCAUUAAUUUUGAUUUUUAUCAAGCACGUCGCUUGAUGAAAAAUAUAAAUUUCAUUGUUUGAAGCAGACAAUCAAAAUGAACGAAUCGUACGAAUAUUUAUGACAACGCUGAAUUCUACUCUUUGCCGAAGAUCAUACAUAAUUCCCCGCUUUUUUUUGUAUAGAGAUCUUGGUAUAAUCAUUUUCAAAUGAAAAACAUAUAAAUCUGUCUUCACUAUUCUCUUACUAUAAUCGAUUUGUACUGGGAACAAGCACAGAUUUGUAUAGACUCUUAUAUAAACUGCCUUUUCUAAAACCAUUGAAGAUAAUAAAAAUGAUUUACUUUUUAAA